UAUUUUUCACACAGACAACACACAGCAACUUAGAAAACAGGCUCACAGAAACUCAGAUUACAUCAAGGAAUUCCUUAUGGGCUGUGUUUGAGGUGAAAUCUGAAGCAAGUGGGUUAACUGUUGUCAUGUAGCUCUCAUAUCCUUUUAUUGUAUGACCAGAAAGGCUUUCUUGGGAUCCUGGCAGAGCCAGCCUGCCCUGCCUUUCCCAUUUUUGCAGAGCAGUUUCAGGAUCCUGCUGGUAAUUAUCAGAUUUGUUCCUCUAGCAGCUCCCUGCAGUUUCCUGUUCCUCAGAAAACCACAGGAGCUGAGAGGAAGCCCUUUCUUAAGGAGUUCUGCUUCCAGCUGCAGCAUGCAAAAAUCACCCUUCAUUCCUCUUUCUAUCUCUUCUUUCCUUCGAGUGUGUUGCCAGUUUGUCUCUCAGCUCUUGGUUUUCCUGAUUUUCACUUAAAAAACCUAUCAGUUUGAUGCCUCUCUACUCCUAUAAGAUAGUCAUGCAAGACAAGGUUCCAAUUCUAGCAUCUUCCACAUAAAUAACUCAUAGUACUUUAUUUCAUCUGUAUAAAACACUGUGAGGUAGUUCAGCUGCUUCAGCAAAGAAUAUUUCUUGGCCCUUGAUCACAGGUGCAGUUCUAGCCCCAACAAUUAAAAAGGCAAGGUAUCCUCGAGGAGAGUGGCCAGGGAACAGCAUUUCUCACAAGCUGUAUUUCAGCAUUUUGUCACAGUGAGCCUUGAGUCAGUUUCCACACUACUCUUCCAACUCUAUUGUUUUAUGUUAUAUUGCAAAAACCCAGAUGUAUAAGGAAUUUUUAAAUUUGAAAAAAGACUGGCACUCCAUUAGGCUCAACUGUGUAACAAUUUUCCAAAACUACCAAACUAUUGCUGCCAAAAAAAAUUUGCCAGAAGAUGCUCUGAGUUGCUUCUAAGUAUUAGAACCUGAAACUUACGAUGAAAAGCUUGAAUCCUACAAAUCUGUUACUUGGCCAAGCCCUUUCCACUUACUACAGUCUGCUACAUACUAUGUAAUCUUUUAUCCAGGCACUGUCUGCUGUGACAAAAGCAGGUGUGGGAAACAGUCUGGGGCAGUGAAUGGCUGGUAGUCGUGUCAGCUCAGUGCUGCUGUCAAGUUUCACUUACAGUCAUCAAAGAGAUCUGGAAAAAACAAGAAGAAGAUUCUGUGGUGCUGUGAAGUGUUGUCACCUCUCAGUCAAAGCCCUGGCAGCAGGAACUCAGUGCAGCUUGGCUGCACUGCAGGACACAGCCCAACAGCCCAGCCUCAGCAAAACAAUCCAGAUUGGACUGAGAGGUGCCCACAGCUCUGUCUGGAGAUGAUGUGCUAAGAAGGAAACGCAGAAGUACAAAAAGAAGAUAAUUUUUGGUGAAUGAGAAGGGCAAACGGGAGCAUUGUUCGUCACCUUCAGCCAGAAUGUUGUCUUACAUCUGCCUGAACUGGGUUCUCCUGGUGAUAUUCACAGGCCCCACAGUAUCGGAAUUAGUUGUGAUAGGAGAGGUUGGUCAGGACGUCACUGUGCCCUGCCACUACAGUGUGCGGGACAGAAAUGGCAUCACAUCCAUGUGCUGGGGUCGGGACAGGUGCCCCAGCUCCAAGUGCUCCCGGCCCAUUAUCUGGACAGAUGGCUGGAGGGUGACAGAGCAGCACAGCAGCAGGUACCAGUUGAAAGGGGACCUGCAGAGCGGGGACGUGUCCCUGACGAUCGUGAGCGCCAGGGAAGCAGACUCUGGGAUCUAUUGCUGCCGUGUGGAGCUCCCAGGCUGGUUCAAUGAUCAAUUAAUUAAUCACAAAGUUGUGGUAAGGAAAGCAACGAUCUCUACUGCAAGUCCUCACACUUACACCUCUGAACAGACCUCAGCUCCUGACAGCACCAGUGAAUCCUCCUUUACUACCACAAGGACCUGGCCAUCGGUUUCUGCUUCAGAAGUUCCUCAGACUGCCUCUACUCCCUGCUCAGGACUCUCAGACUGCUUGGAUGGGACUACAAACCUGCAGAACACGUCUGUAUCGCUGCCCAGUCAGCAGCACCCAGAACGUGGGCUGUACAUUGGGGUUGGCUCGUGUGCAGCACUUCUGCUCAUCCUGAUUUUGGCUCUGUUCCUCACUAAACAAUAUUUUUACAACACAAAGAAGAUGGGUGGUUCUGCAGGCUUUGUUGUAUUUCAGAGGCCACAAGGUGUGGGGAGCCAUACUGCCCUGGAAGAUGAGAGUCAUGCAGAGGAAAAUGUUUAUAUCAUGGACUAAGGACUGGAUGCAUGGCUGCCUUUGUCAUUGCUGGGACAGUAAAAAGUUUGCAAAAUGUUGGCUGCUCCCUCUGUUCAGCAGCUGAACGUGACUGCACUACUGAAGCAUUAUUCACAUCCUAAUAAUAAAACAAAUAAAAGCUACUCUUUUAAUUAAAAUCUUUUUCAGCCUGUUCCAGAGACAGAAACCAAAACUGGCAUUAGUGGAACUUCCAUUUCCUAAAGAAAGUUAUGAUUGUAUUUAUUAUCUGCUUCGAAUUCUCGCUUCCUUGCUGGAAAAAAAAAAAAAAAGAGGAAGUGCCAGAAGGGCACAAUUGUGUUCACUGUGGAUUCUAUCUGCCACCUUCCACAGAGUCUGUGCCAUCAGAGGGCAGAAGCAAUCUCAGAGCUGUGUGACAAAGAUGUCACAGGGCCAAUCUUGGUAUUAUUAGUAAUUUAAUACACACUGAGUUGUAUUUCCAUUGAAAUCAGGGAUGGCCUGUUCUGGUAACAGCUCAGUAAUGCAAUAUACUAAUGCCUGUCCACCUGGAUUUAAAUCUGGAGGAGCUAUGGCUGCUCAGCCCCGAGGGGAUAUCCUUGAAGCCUACAGCAUCAGCACAUCAGUGGACAGAACAGUCACAGCUUGUGUGCAGAGAAUUAUGAUUAAGUGUGAUGUUUUUUGGCAAAGUACAUCACUGUUUUUCUGUGGUUUUCUCCUCGGGCAUAUCUUUACCCUGAGAAGCCCUUGGGGUGGAAAAUCUGAGCAACCUUCCCACCUACCUUUUUAAAAAUAAUGAAAUUCUUUUCUUAGCUUGCAGAGAAAUCAUGGGCAUUCCACAAAAUAUUGGCUGGAAGUUGGCCUUGCCUUCACACAUCUCUAGAUAUCAACUCUUAAUUCUUAAGAAUGUUGAAUUUGUUUGAUGGAUUUUACCUCAUAAAUGGGAAAUAUCUGUGGCCAAGUGCCUUUCCUCUAUUGCUCCUCAGUUAGUGAUGUGCCUCAGCUUUUAUUCUCUGCAAAACUAAACUUUGAUUUACUUCAAAUAAAUGGAGUCAGUCCUGUGAGUAUGAGUUGCUGAGGGAGAGACACAACACACCCAAAUCAUCUGUAAAUGGAAGAAUAAUUGUCCUCAGUUGUUUUUAAGAACACAUUUUAAACAGAGGCUGGAGAAAGAGCUGAAAAGCAGCACAGGCAGGAGAGACCCCAACUCUUACCAAAUUUUGGUCAAAUCAUUGCUGCCACAGGAAAAACAGAUGCACCACAAACUUUCUACCACUGAGGUAAUUUUAAACUCCAAAACGAUUUCAACAAUGCACUGAGGCAUAAAGGCACAAUAAUAAAAUCAGUGAGUAUUUAUGUUAGCAGCUGGGAUAGGAUCUGGUUGUGCUUUAGGGGGAGCUGGGGUCAGUGGAGAAGUUGUCCCUCCUUGUCCCAGCUGGUGGAGGUGGGAGGGCUCGGGCUGGCUGGGGAGGGCAGUGGUUACCCCAGGGGUCACACCUGGCUCAGGUGAGGUCUUGCAGAUGAGUGUUCAUGCAAAGACUCACAAAGGAGGGAAAUGUUGGAGGUUUUUCUCACAAGCGGGACAGGACUGCUGGGUGAUGUGUCACAACCUUUUGUUUUGGGCACCAAACUUGUGCCACAGGAGAUGGCACAAGCUCAUGUCUGCCAUGAGCAGCUGAUCUCUUUGUUAUAGAACAUUUUAAAAGUUUUUCAGCCAAUGGCAUUUGCUAAAGCUCACAGACAAUUGUUCUAUUCAAUCACUAAAGGUAUACGUACUCCUUCUUCAAACAAUGCUUGUUUGUUUGCUUUCUGUUUACAGUACAUAAUACUCUAUUAUUAAGCUUAUAUUAUUAACCUUCUAUUAUCUUGGUAAGCAUAUUUUUCUGCAGUCUUAAGUUCUAUCUUGACCAAGCCUAAAACCUCAACUAUUGUUUAAUGUCCUUGCAUAUUGUAUUAUUGUAUCUUCUUUACUUUCAGGCUUUGCAGCUGCAGCUAGCUGUAAGUUCUCUGUUUUUUCUUUUCUGAGGCCUAUUUUCACAGCUUCUGAAAGUCUUCUUACUUUCACUGUUUUACACAGGAAAGGUUCAUCCUGCUAAGAAAGGAAGCAAUGGAAAACAAACUGGGACAGGUGACCUUGGGGUGCUUUGUAUUUUCACUGGUGAUCUCUGUUCUUCUGGGAUCUCUGUUGCAGCAGGCUGAAAAGGCUGAAAUUGAAGGUGAAUUCAUGGCUGACUGAAGAGUAGGAACACAGAAAUUGGGUGAUCACUGAUCCCAGGGACAGGAAAAGUGAUGGACAAAACCAGCUCUGCCAUUUUCUGUCUUCACAUUGUGUGUAGCUUUGUGGAAGAAGAUGUUGCUUUCCUUCUGCCCAGCUGAGCAUGUUGCUGCUGCAGGCUCCAGCCCAUGAGAGGAGCUGGAGGAAGUCUGAUCUGGUCUCUGGACUGGCUCUCAGGAAACAUCUUCUGCAAUUUCUGCUUUCUGCAAUUUUAUGUAAUCAGCCUCUACUGGGGUCAGAAUUAGACAUGUGUGGGAUCUCCAAAAUCAUCUGAUUUCAACUUCCUAUGCUCUUAUGGAGUUUGUGGGCCCGCCUUAAGACUCCUAAUCAUAAAAGAUGCUUGUCUGUAAGGACUUUUAAAUUAAUAUUAAAGACUAAUUCAGGCUAAUCCUU